GUUUCUUCAAUCUUACCGUCUUCCUUUUCUAUCCCAUUCUCUGCCAUUUCAAUUUUCAACCGCGGUUCUCGCUUCCAUCCUCAUCCGCUUAAGCCGGCCUCCUCCAUAGCUCCACCUCUGCGAUCAUCUUCUUCAUAACUAACCAAUUUUCAUUCUCUUGUCCUCCAUUUUCAGAUUUCUUCCUUGGGGCUUCAACGUGAUCGUUUUUUCUAGAUAUUCGGUGCCCGCGAGGAGGAUCGGGAGAAGAAGCUAUGCAGAGCCAACUUGUAUGCAGUGGGUGUAGGAGCAUGCUUCUUUAUCCUGGAGGAGCUACCAAUGUAUGCUGUGCAUUAUGCAAUACAGUCACCUCGGUUCCUCCUCCUGGAACGGAUAUGGCUCAACUUAUAUGUGGAGGUUGCAGGACAUUGCUUAUGUAUGCACGUGGGGCAACAAGUGUUAGAUGCUCCUGCUGUCAUACAGUGAACCUUGCACCUGUAACGAACCAGGUUGCGCAUGUUAACUGUGGAAACUGCCGAACAACACUUGUCUUUCCAUAUGGAGCUCCAUCUGUCAAGUGUGCGAUCUGUCAAUAUGUUACUAAUGUUGGUAUAUCCAAUGUGAGGGUUCCUAUUCCAGUGCACAGGCGUAAUGGAACAAUUAGCUCUGGAAUGCCUCCUGCAUCAUCAUCUCAGAGCCAAACUGUCGUAGUUGAGAACCCUAUGUCUGUUGAUGAAAGUGGCAAAUUGGUGAGCAAUGUUGUUGUCGGUGUGACAACAGAUAAAAGGUAACAUGGUGAGAUGAUGGUGAUUGAUGGCAUCUACUAUUAGCGGCUUAAAAGAGAUGGGAGGAAGCGAUCUUAAUAUCUAGUACAUUACUAUACUGCUUGGAAUAUGAAUAUGGAAUAUGGUUAUGGAAAUUUCUGUAUAGUUUGUCUCCGAAGUGUCCUUGAGGUCACCAUUCAUUCUUGAGUCAACUUCAAUUUGAGGUUCAGAGAACUUUUUACCCUGUGAAUGUGAUGUAUAUUGUGGACCAGAAGAAUUGAAGGGUCUGUACUGUAUCUAUCGUGUGAUUUCUGUACCGAGUCAUUGAGCUGUCUCGCAAGUAAAAAUAUUUAUACAUACAUCGUAUCUCCCCUCAGGUAAAUAUGAGUAAUAACGUUGAAUUGUAAUUUCUGUUUCCUUGAUUGGUAAUAUGCAUUUUGGAUUUUGUUGGUUU